AUGAGAUAUGAAGCUGUUUGGACUGUGUUUCUCUGCUGGGGUCAUGAUGAUCUGCUGCUGCUGUCUUAUACAUGCAAUGGUGUUUGUAAAAGGAACUUGAUUACAAGAAUAAAUGUAACCACUGAACUGGAGUCUAACGUCCUGCUGCCUUGCCUGUUUGAUCUAGAUCUCUUUAGAUCAAAACUGAUAACAAAUUCAAGUGCUGUCUGGAGUCAGAUUAGUACAACUGUUCAGCACAUUGUAGAGAUCAAAGUAAAUGGGGAAUCAAGUUUCUGGGAUAACAGACGUGGUAGAAUUAAAGCUUUCUCUUCUCAGUCUGGAUCUGGAAACUUCUCCAUCCUCAUUAAUAAAGUGCAGAGCUCUGAUCUCGGUCUCUAUCAAUGUGAACUCUUCAGAGAAUUCAACUGUUCUCUGGCCUAUACAGAAAUCAGUCUCGCUCUUGUGGAGUUUUUAUUUCUCGAUAACUGGCGGCUCGUGGUUGCAGCAGCAACUGGAGGAGGAUUUCUGCUUCUCUCUCUCGUCUCUCUCUCUGUUUACUUUGCGUGGAUAAAACGGCAAGCACUCAUCAGUGCACCAGUUGAACACGGAGCGAACAACUGUCUUAACAAUAUUCCAGGACAAACAGAUGAAGUAACCUAUGCAUCAAUUAAUCAUAAACCCCGUCACCACCAGGAAAGUGAAGUUCUUGCAAAUAAAAGUCCCACAAAUGCAUAUAAAUUCGAACAUAUCAACUCAGAGACUGUCCUGUACGCUGCUGUCAAAAGAAGAGACAAGUGAGCUGCAAAGAAUCCAAAUCAAAGAACUCUCUCUUUUAUUACUUAGAUUUUGCCUGCAACCAUCUUGUGUAGUUUGGAAAAUGUUGUUUAGCAUAUCUUGGAAAUAAAAUGACCAUUUAAAAUAGGAGAAUUAUGUAAUUUCAUGGGGAUUUGAAUUAGAUAUAGGUUUUAAGUUUUAAAAUAAUUCAAGUGACUAAAAUGUAGUAAAUGAGGAAGAUCCACAAACCUUGUCUGGAUCAAAAUCAAACAAAUAUUAACAUUUGUUGUAAUAACUGUUGUAAUAACUUUUGUCUUCUGGAAAAUCUUAUUUGUUUUAUUUUGGCUAGAAUGA